GACGGAGGGGCUGGCGGCGGCGGGGCCGGAGCAAGCAGGGUUUCGGCGGCCUCACCUGUCCCCAGUGACCGGCGGCGACCGGCGGCGGCGGGCAGCGCGUCAGGCGGAGAGGGCCGCCGCCAGGAAUGAAUCUGAAGUCUGCUGCAGUAAAACACUGAAGGCUUUAAAAUGUUUUCUUGCAUAAAACUCAAACUUUAAGUAGCUGCUUAUGAGGAUAGGGAAGGCAGGAAGCUAAUGUCUGUCUCAAGAUACAGGACAGCUGUUUGCUCAUCAACCUCAACUGUGUGUGCAACAGAGGAACAUGGCUCAAGAAACUAAUCACAGCCAAGUGCCUAUGCUUUGUUCUACUGGCUGCGGAUUUUAUGGAAACCCCCGUACAAAUGGCAUGUGUUCAGUAUGCUAUAAAGAACAUCUUCAAAGACAGAAUAGUAGUAAUGGUAGAAUAAGCCCACCUGCAACUUCUGUCAGUAGUCUGUCUGAAUCUUUACCAGUUCAGUGCACAGAUGGCAGUGUCCCAGAAGCUCAGUCAACAUUAGACUCUACAUCUUCAUCUAUGCAGCCAAGCCCUGUAUCAAAUCAGUCACUUUUAUCAGAAUCUGUAGCAUCUUCCCAAGUGGACAGUACAUCCGUGGACAAAGCAAUACCUGAAACAGAAGACCUGCAAGCUUCAGUAUCAGAUACGGCACAGCAGCCAUCUGAAGAGCAAAGCAAGUCUCUUGAAAAACCAAAACAGAAAAAGAAUCGCUGUUUCAUGUGCAGGAAGAAAGUGGGACUUACUGGGUUUGAAUGCCGGUGUGGAAAUGUUUACUGUGGUGUACACCGUUACUCAGAUGUACACAAUUGCUCUUACAAUUACAAAGCUGAUGCUGCUGAGAAAAUCAGAAAAGAAAAUCCGGUAGUUGUUGGUGAAAAGAUCCAGAAGAUUUGAACUCCUGCUGGAAUACAAAAUCCUUUGACCAUCUGCAAACUAAAAAUUGACUUGAGGUUUUUUUUCCUAGUCAUUGGGAAUGUAGAGCAAUGUAUCUUGCAUAGACCUUUUAAUCAUGCAUGUCAUCAGAAGAAUAGAUUUUUGUUUUUGUUUUGAAAAUGACUCUGAACAUUUAUUUCCAUUGCAGUUUCUGUGGCUGAAAAGACUUAAGUAAACUUUACAAGUAUUAUCCUUUUAAGAUCAUUUUAAUUUUAGUUGAGUGCAGAGGGCUUUUAUAACAAACGUGGAGAAAUUUUGGAGGGCUGUGAUUUUUCCAGUAUUAAACAUGCAUGCAUUAAUCUUGCAGUUUAUUUUCUCAUUGUGUAUGUAUAUAUAGCUUUUCUCUGCAGCACGAUUUCUCUUUUGAUGAUGCCCUUUAGGGCACAACUAGUUACCAGUAACUGAAUGUAUCUUAAUCAUUAUGGCUGCUUCUGUUUUUUCAUUAACAAAGGUUAUACAUGUGUUAGCAUAUAGUUUCUUUGCACCCACUAUUUAUGUCUGAAUCAUUUGUCACAAGGGAGUGUGUGCUGAUGAGAUUCUAAGUUUGUGUGUUUUUAAAUUUUUUUGAGCGAGGGAAGGAAAAGCUGUAUGCAUUUCGUUGCUAACUGCAGGUUUCUUUCAGAUUACGUUCAUUGGUCUGUGUGUAUACAAUAUGAAGAAUGAUCUGAAAUAAUUGUGCUGUAUUUAUGUUUAUCCACCAGUCUUUGAUUAAAUAAAAAGGAAAACCAUAAUGUUCCCUUA